UAGUUUCUUUUAAUAUUAUGAAAAGAUUUACUUUUCUUUUUUGUGUUUCAACGGGCAAGAUUUUUUUUUCUCAAUUUCUCUCACUAAUAACUCUUAGAUUUUUUUCAUUUUUUUGGGUUUCAAACGGUUUGCGUUUUAACUGAAUUCCCGUCACUUAGAGGUUAUGGUAAGAGGAAAAUGGCUGAAUUGAAAGUAGAGGACUGUUGUACUGAGAAUAAGCAAUCAGCUGCUGCUUCUAACUCUUCAGUUUCUGAAAAUAGUGCCAGUGUUACUUUAAGGUCACCGACAGUAUCUAGCCCGACUCCUACAUCACCAACUCAUAGGAGAACCUCUGGUCCAAUUAGGCGAGCAAAGGGUGGUUGGACUCCUGAGGAGGAUGAUACUUUGAAAAGGGCUGUCGCAGUUUUCAGAGGGAAAUGUUGGAAAAAAAUAGCUGAGUUCUUCCCAGAUAGAUCUGAAGUGCAAUGCCUGCAUCGAUGGCAGAAGGUUCUCAAUCCGGAUCUUGUCAAAGGACCAUGGACUCGGGAGGAGGAUGAUAAGAUCAUUGAACUGGUUGCCAAGUAUGGGCCUAUGAAAUGGUCUGUCAUAGCUAAAUCAUUGCCUGGUCGAAUAGGAAAGCAAUGUCGUGAGAGGUGGCACAAUCAUUUGAAUCCCAAUAUAAAAAAAGAUGCUUGGACACUGGAGGAGGAACGAGCACUCAUAGAUGCUCAUCGGAUCCAUGGUAACAAGUGGGCUGAAAUUGCUAAGGUCCUGCCCGGAAGGACUGAUAAUGCAAUCAAGAAUCACUGGAAUAGCUCUUUGAGGAAGAAAUUAGACUUUUAUUUAGCUACUGGAAACCUUCCACCUGCUACUAGGGAUGGCCUGCAAAAUGGUUGUAAGGACACUACUGAAACAGCUAAAGCUGAAGAGUCACUUGUAGCUUCAUCAGGAACUGCAGAUAUGUGUAAAAUAGUAAAUGGAUGGCAGGUCACAGAAAUCAGUGCUUCAAAUGGUGGUCCUCAAACUGAGUCCACUGAUUCUGAAGUCGUCAGGUUGGAAGCUCAAUCACCAGAAAUAGAUGCUAUUCGACACAUCAAACCAAUUACAGAAUCAGAAACCUUGUAUGAAGGACGGAGAAUAAAUAGUGUUGUAGAUCGACUAAAAGUUGUUGAAGCACCAUUUCAUUGUGAAAUCCCUACAUGUGGUACAUUAUACUAUGAACCACCAACAUCAGAAAGUUGUAUUUCGCUGGAUUCAGAUCUUCUCAAUAUACGCUGGGCACAAUGUGAAUCUGAUGCAAGUCCAAGCCCGUCACCAAAUGGUUUCUUCACUCCACCUAGUACAAAGGGUAGUAGCCUAUAUGCACAAACCCCUGAAUCCGUACUGAAAAUUGCUGCUAGAAGCUUCCCGAAUACGCCUUCCAUAUUAAGGAAGAGAAAGACUCAAGCUAAACUUUCCACACCAACUAAUAAAAUGGGGAAGUCAGACGGAGAUUUCUGCAAGGACAAACCUACUGAUGCGUGUGAAGAGAUCCUUCCAAGGAAUUCUUCCAAUGGUAUUGGGCUAUACAACAGUCAAGCAUUUAAUGCCUCUCCUCCCUAUCGAUUAAGGUCUAAACGAACAUCUAUCUUCAAGUCUGUGGAGAAGCAGCUUGAAUUUGCACUCAACAACGAGAAGCAUGAUACAAGUAAUGGAAUCAGUGAGUCGACUGUUAAUGAUAUAUCACAUGCAGCCAAAGAUUUUUCACAGUCAGCUAAGAAGGAUACAUGGACAUGCCCAUAAUUUUGUUUUAAGGACGUCACAUCCAGAUCCUCUAUGCUGCUUCAGCUACUGGCAUUACUAACAGAGUUUUCUGAUAUGUGACUGCCACAUCUUCAGACAAACGGCAUCUUACCUGUGUAUUGCAAAAUAUGAUUUACUCAUGGAUGGCCUUUUUCACAAUUGGGUCUUUUAUUUUUAUUUUUGGUUGAUUAGGAUAAGAAGGUGGAAUAAGUGCUGAACACAUGCAAUGUCUAACAGUGGCUGCUAUAGGAAAUGAAAGUUCAGAAGCAAUCAGUAAUGUCAGAAGAAUUUUCGACACUUCUGGAAACGACACAAGACUCUAUCUGCCAUAUAGAGUUUUGUUAGGUGUACAAAGAUCUCUUCUCCUGCAUCACAAUUAUGUGCAGGUUAUUGACUAUUGGUUAUUCGUAGAUGGUACAGGCGAUUUCCAUUAUAGGUUGAAAGAUUGUUAAAACUGCAAUUGAUUUGUAUAGAACUGCUUUAAGUAGGUCUUCGGAAUAGUUUCACAUUGAAAAUAGUUGCUUAAUAAGAGCAGUUGUCUAGGGUAUAUCAUAGUUCAUACCAUUCAGAAAGUAAGAUUACCAACUUUUCUCGACUCA